AAUGGAUCCAGUUGUGGUCCUGGUGUUGGGUCUCUGCUGUUUGCUUCUCCUUUCACACUGGAAGCAAAAUUCCGGGAGGGGGAAGCUCCCUCCCGGCCCCACUCCUUUCCCCAUUAUUGGAAAUAUUCUCCAGAUAGAUGCUAAGGACAUCAGCAAAUCCCUAACUAAGUUCUCAGAACGCUAUGGCCCCGUGUUCACUGUGUAUCUGGGCAUGAAGCCCGCUGUAGUGCUGCAUGGAUACCAGGCAGUGAAGGAGGCCCUGGUUGAUCUUGGAGAGGAGUUUGCUGGAAGAGGCAGUUUUCCUAUGCUUGAUAAAGUUAGUAAGGGACUCGGAAUCGUUUUCACCAAUGGAAAGAGAUGGAAAGAGAUCCGGCGCUUCUCGCUCAUGACCCUGCGGAAUUUCGGGAUGGGGAAGAGGAGCAUUGAGGACCGAGUUCAAGAGGAGGCCCGCUGCCUGGUGGAGGAGCUGAGAAAAACCAACGCCUCACCCUGUGAUCCCACCUUUAUCCUGGGCUGUGCUCCCUGCAAUGUGAUCUGCUCCAUUAUUUUCCAUAAUCGCUUUGAUUAUAAAGAUGAGGAGUUUCUUAAACUAUUGGAAAAAUUCAAUGAAAAUGUUAGGAUUCUGAGUUCUCCAUGGUUGCAGGUCUGCAAUAAUUUCCCUGCUCUUAUUGAUUACUUACCAGGAAGUCAUAAGACCUUACUAAAGAAUUCUGAUUAUGUGAAAAAUUUUAUUAUGGAGAAAGUGAAGGAACACCAAAAAUUCCUGGAUGUUAACAAUCCUCGGGACUUUAUAGAUUGUUUCUUGAUCAAAAUGGAGCAGGAAAACCAUUUGGAGUUCACUCUUGAAAGCUUGGUAACCACUGUGUUUGAUUUGUUUGGAGCUGGGACUGAGACAACGAGCACAACGCUGAGAUACUCCCUCCUGCUCCUGCUGAAGCACCCCGAGGUCGCAGAUAAAGUGCAGGAGGAGAUUGAGCGUGUGAUUGGCAGGCACCGGAGCCCCUGCAUGCAGGACAGGAGCCGCAUGCCUUACACAGAUGCCGUAAUACAUGAGAUCCAGAGAUUCAUUGACCUGGUCCCCAAUAAUCUGCCCCACACAGUGACCCGUGACAUUAAAUUCAGAAACUACUUUAUCCCCAAGGGUACGGACAUCAUGACAUCACUGACAUCCGUGCUACAUGAUGAAAAAGCAUUUCCUAACCCAAAGGUAUUUGACCCUGGACACUUUCUGGAUGAGAGUGGCAACUUCAAGAAGAGUGACUACUUCAUGCCUUUCUCAGCAGGAAAACGGAUCUGUGUGGGAGAGGCCCUGGCCCGCAUGGAGCUGUUUUUGUUCCUGACCUCCAUUUUGCAGAACUUUAAACUGCAAUCUCUGGUUGAGCCAAAGGACCUGGACAUCACUGCAGUUCUCAAUGGAUUUGUUUCUGUGCCACCUUCGUUCCAGCUCUGCUUCAUUCCUGUUUGAAAAGGAGCAGACUGGCUUCUACUGUGCCAUCAUUUCAAAGGCAUUGCCCAUCACCUUACUGCAUUUGAGACACUUCUUUAACUUUUCUCACAUCUUACUAUUCCCUUAAGAUCUAGUGAAAACCUAACUUCUGUGGGUGAUCCCCUGAGACUGCCUGCCCUGACCAUGCAAGAGGUAGAGAGGGCAUGGCAAGCCAUGCCUCCUGGGAGGGACCCCACAGCCUGGCUGCUGGCAGGUGGCGGGAGCCCCAGGCACAUUUCUCUCCAUUCCUGCCUGUCAGGUAAACUGCUCCUAGCUGUGUCCAAAGCCCAUCAAGAAAGCUACCGUAGGCUAUGUGACCUUCAAGAUGAUUGUAGGAGCAUAUCAGUACCAAUAUUGCCUCUAUCCUAUAGAAUUAGUACUGCCCUGAAUUAGUUACACCCUUUCUGCCUGCCCUUUAGAAAGUGUGCAUGCUCAUUAAUAAAGUGGAUGCAUUCACUG